GACAGUACUUGUGCGCAGGACUCGCCGCGGCCGCCUUUCUCUCUUCCUCUCAUCGCUCUUCGAGAGCCGGGACUCACCGCGCCAUGUCUAUAUCGGCCAAGGAGCUGGCCUACGCGGCCACGACAUCGGCCUUCACGCGCAACUUCCGCCACCUCCUCCCUGUACCGCGCUUCCUCGUUCGCGGCCCGUUCCUCCCUGGGCAGACGAAGCCGAAGGACACGAAGCUGAAGGACAGGAUCAAACACUGGAACAUCGUCCCUGGAGACUUCGUCCGCCUCCGAGGAGACACGAAGGGGGCUAUCCACGAGGUGUUCAGGGUGAACAAGAUCAGCAACAGGGUGCUGCUGAAGAAGGAGAUUAACAAGGCGGGAUAUGUGCCGGAGGGACAGAACGGUGUGGGCGUGUCCGUGCCGUACUCGCAAUGCCAGCUGCUCAUCGGCCGGUACGAGUAUCCGCCGGAGGGUGAGGCAACGGAGCCGCAGGUCAAGCCUGUGUUCGCGUCGCGUCUCACCAUGUCAGAACCCUACUGGUACGCGAAGGGAGGCUACUGGAUCUGGCGGCGGUAUGCCGUGAACACUACACCACGUUUGCCCAAGUUCUCGGAACAGUCGUCUGUGUCGAUUCGGAUCCCUUGGCCAAAAGUGACCGCGGUCUCGAAACCGGAGCCGAGUCUGUAUGACACCACCGCGGACGCCGUGAAUGAGGUGACAUACACCGCACCUGCCCUCCCCUCGACCCUCCUUUCUCCCGCACCGAGGAUACCGACCGAGCAGGAGUACAUCACCUCCUUCAAGCCCGGCAAGCCCGCUCUCCCCACCUCCGCCCCCGUCGAAGUGCACCUCUCUAAGGAGCUCUCGAACCCGCACAGUCGCGCGAAGAAGCAGGCACGCUGGCAGGCGUUCCAGGCGCGCCAGAAGUCGCUGCUCACGGAGUUCAUCGCGACCGAGUGCGCGAACCUGAACGGGCGCACGCGCAGCGAGGCGCGCGCGGAGGCGAUGUGGAAGUGGCAGAACCACCUGCAGGAGGAGCGCAAGGCGGAGCUGAAGCGCCGCUGGCGCAACCGCGGCGCGGAGGCGGCUCAGAUCCGCACGAACAAGCGCAAGAGCCGCAAGGCGGCGAAGCGCGAGCAGAAGCUGGCCAACCUGGUGCUCGAGGACGCCCCGAACCAGGUGUUGCCGAAGGCGCCUGCUGCCGCGUAGUCGUCUACACACCUUCGAUACUGUAUCUUUCGCCGCGCUCGUUUGGUGGGCGUGCGCGAGGUAAUACACCCAUGUCUAGCUCUGUCUUCGAUACACCUUGCUUGACAAGGUUACUCUACCGUCAUAAGUGAGGUCAAAAUCCG